GUCGAAGUGAGCGUGUGUCGGUCGAGAGGCGGGUACGUUCACAGGAACAAUAGAUUUUCAGUGAACAUUCAAGAUGUAUUCUUUAAGAUCAAUACGACGAGUACAGUUCUGAAAUUUGCUAUGAAGCUGGGAUUAAUACUCCUUCGUCCGCAAUGGCAAGGACUGGUAACUGGAAGCUCACAAAGUUGUGGGUCGUCACUGCCAUCUCAUUCAUGGUUUACAUCACGUUUGACGGUUGGGGCGCCAAUAAAGAAUGGAUGCAAUUAAUGGAGAAACGUCAAGAGGAGCGACGGCUGAGAAUCACCGAGGCGUGCCACGAGUACAGCAGCGCGGCCGCCCUCCCCGCCGCUGAGCUGCCCCUGGGCAACUACAGGUGGCUCUGGAACAAACAGGUCGUCGUGUGCGUCAACUUCAAGGCAGGUUCGUCGUCGAUGGUUGCCCACCUCCUGAGCGAGGAGUUCCCGGACCUGCUGGAGGCGCUGAAAGAUACGUGGUCAACCAACUACAUCGGCUUCAGGGUCUUGAAGCUGCGUGAUAACGAUAAGCAGUUUGCUCAAGACCUUCUAGAAAUUUUUCGCACGGUGCUGGUAGUUCGACAUCCCUUCACUCGCCUCGUGUCGGCCUACCGAGAUAAAAUUGAGUUCUGCGACCGAGACAAGAUCAGCCCUGAGAUGCAAUAUUUAUUCGAUGAAGAAAAUUCAGGAAUUUCCUUCAAAACAUUUGCCGAGUUCGUGGUGCAAGAGACGCGCCGGCGCCCGAGCUUCCCUUACCUCGCAAUUGACGGCCACUGGCGCGCGUACUAUGUGUCGUGUGUGCCGUGUAAUGUUCAGUACAAAUAUGUUAUUAAGGUGGAGACGUGGGACGAAGAUAUGAGGUAUGUACAACAGGCUUUGGACUUCAAAUCAAGAAACGAUAUUCACUUGAACAUUUCGAACGCCACUGCCACGGCCGUGCAAUAUUUCAAGGAACUUCCUCGUGAGCUGGUGAAGGAUCUCUACGAAACGUACCUCAUAGACUUCGAAAUGUUUGGAUACUCAAUGGAAGAAUUUAUGUAAGAUUCAAACUCCAGUGACUUCAAUGAUAUAUAUCCACUGUUAACCAGUUCAUAAUGGCAUGCAACUUUAAAACUUUCGACCGUAAUGAAUACUUAAUCGCACAUUUUAUGCCGCAAAAAAUCACAAAUGCGUCAAAGUUAAAACCUUGGUCAAGUUUCAAAUCCUACAUCGAGGUUCAUAAGAAGUGAUUCUAAUUUAGUCUAUCAUAGUUGAGGCCAUUUUUUCUCCACUAAAGAUGUUCAGAACGAUUCAAUAUAGACGCAUUGAUCUAGACUAUAACCAGCUACAGACGUUGUGAUCAAUAGAUAGACGUUCCAAUGGUGAAUUUCAAGCGAUAUUUCGUUGACAGCCUGCCAAGAAGGCGUUGUCAAGUGCUGACGAAGCGAGCAACAUGAUGAAGGAUGAAGACCUAACCUAACCCCACAAAAUUAUUAACAAUAAGUAUAUUUUUAUAAGUAUAUUUCAGUAUAUUUAACAAUAAGUAUAUUCUCAACUGAUCUAACGUUGCCUCUUAUAAUAACUGGUGGCAUCAUAAGAUUUUAAGGGUAAUUUUAAGUUUAUUUAGGCGAAAAAGCGAACAAUGGAAUGAGCAUCAAACAGGGUUAAUUUUUGUAUAUAUCUCUUGCUGAAAUUGGCAAGAAAAUGUGCUCAGAAAAACGAAAUUAAAAGAUAAUUAUUCAAGCAUUUAAUUUUAGACCCGCGCAAUGUUUUUUUUUUUUUGUCAUAUUGAGUACUGACUUAGCCGUGACUCACUUUAGUGGGUCCUCGCUGACUCCUGCACAGCCUUGAUAGGGGGUUAGUUCCGUCGAGUGCUUCGGACAGAGAUAUAAAUUUCACUGGAUAAGUCAAGCGUCAUUCAUUACUCAAUCAUCGAAGCAUAUACAAUGGCCAAAAUAAA